UAUUUCUAGUGCACCUUUGAUUUUACUUUGAUAAUGUGGUGUGUGUGUGUGUGAAUGCGUCUGGAGAACAGAGAGAGAAAAAUUAAUCUCUUCACAUCAAAAUUUUAUCAAUUUUUAUAUAAUACAGGAAACUGUAUCAAAAACAUAAGAAAAUGUGAGUGCGGCAUUCUACAAAUAGCCUACAUAAUAAGACAACAAAUACUCUAAACAAAAGUACUUCGAAAAUAAUCUACACUCACAGUAAAAUCUGCCGUGUUAAUGCUACUCUAACAAUGUACAUAUGAGUCCAAUUGGGACCAUAUGCACUCUAUACAGUAAGUGUUCACUUAACAUAUUAUUUUACUGCACAAGAAACGCACACGAUAGAAAACAUGAGUAAAAUCGAUGAUUCGCAGGAUUUUUUCUUGAGUGUUCUAAAACGGUUUUGGGGAUUAUGAGAUCAUUAAGGGUUUUACAGAGAAUUUACUUGGUCUGUGGCUCCCCGUAGGCCCUCCAAACCAGCUCAUACCUCUCAGCUGACUCGGCUUUGCAGAAAACGAGAGGAGAGGGGAGUCUUUUUUCUCCCUUCAUUACAAACUGCUCGACCUCAACAAAAACGAAACAGGGCUCAUCUACCUCACUGGAAGCGAUACAUUUUACGUCUUUGUUUUAUGGAUAUAAAUUAAGUUAAAUCAUAAUACUGUUUUGCUUGUGAAUAUCAUUUUUUUCACACUAAGUUGUCGUCAUGUAGAACCUUUUAAUUUGAUGUGCUUUUAACAAUAUUUACAACAUUUUUUGACUAAGAACAAGUUUCUGUUGACACAGACAUUUGUGUUUUCCUGCUUUAUGACAACGAUGUCAUAAAGCACACUUUUCUCAUUUGUCCAAAUGUACAGUGUUUUCAUCCUGAUGUUGUUAUUGUUUUUCUGGUGUUGCGCUACAUUUGGAAAACACAUUGGGACUGGGAGGCUAAAUGUAACGUUUUAAAACUUUACCUGCUAUCACUGCCAAAGAUGACGGACCUCACUGAAGUCACCGUGGAAACGGAACCAUCUGACAUGUACGAGACAGUAUUCUGCAAUCCUGCGUUUGAACCGGAGAACGAUCGGGAAUGUGGAGAGGUCAGGGAAGUGGUCAAAACCCUCAACACAACUGAGCCAAAGCAGAGACCGGCCACCAGUCGCAGUGUGCUCAGCAUGUGUGUGGUGCGUCUUGGGGGGCCCUGGUGCGGUUGGGGGGCCAUAGUGGUUUUGGUGUCUGUGCUGCUGCUGGUGGCGGCCCUGGGCUUGGCUCUGGGGCUUAUCUUCACGCAAUUAAAUGAACAACAAACUCAGGAAAGGGGGCUUGUGACCCCCAUAGAUUCAUGGAGUUUGCCUGCUGGAUUAUCCCCACAUCCCACGAACACCAGUCCCUCCUACAGCACUGUGGCCUCUCAACCAACAGGGGGUGCCGACUCUACAAACAAGUGUGGGGGCGUCCUUGACCACUCUGACGGGAGCUUCAGUUCCCCGAACCACCCGGCCCAGUACCCGCCGGACUCCCUGUGCGUGUGGGUGAUCCGGGCGCGGCCCCCUGCCCUGGUCCAGCUGCGCGUGUCCUCCCUGGGCGUGGAGGGCCCCUCCCCUUGCCUCUUCGACUGGCUCGAGUUUCGGGAGGAGCACGAGGACACCACGUCCAUCACCAGAUUCUGUGGGAAUGUGGCGCCCCCUACAGUGAACACCAACAGCAGCACCGUGUGGGUGACGUUCCGCUCCGACAGCAGCAUUGGAGGCAGCGGGUUCUCGGCCCAGUACCAGGCCAUUCUGCCCCAGCAGAAGAGUUGUUCCCGAGAUGAGUUUCUGUGUGAUGACGGAAGGUGUCUGCUGCCCAUUUCUGUGUGCGACGGACGCCCCAACUGCCAAGACCACAGUGACGAGGCCAACUGCAGCCACAAGCACAAAGAGUGUGGGGGGCAGAAAUCUGGACUUGAGGGCUCUCUGUCCAGCCCAAACCACCCCAAGCCUUAUCCUCACCAACAGCUGUGCACGUGGCGAAUAUCAGUGGCUGAGGGUCACGUGGUGCGGCUGACCUUCCGGAACUUCAGCCUGGAGACGCAGGACGUGUGCGAGUUCGACUACGUGGAGGUGCACGACGGCGCAGACACGGGGGACGGGAGCGUCCUGGGCCGGUUCUGUGGUACCAGCCUGCCUGCUGAACUCACCUCCUCUGGGCCAGUCAUGACCGUGCUGUUUGUGGCGGAUGAGGGCGUGGCGGACACCGGCUUCUACGCCACCUACCGGGCCGUCUCCCUCUCUGAGAGAACGUGCAGCCCAGCGCAGUUCGCAUGCGGCAGCGGCGAGUGCCUGCACCAGGAGUGGCUGUGUGACGGAUGGAUUGACUGCACAGACGGCACAGACGAGCAAGGCUGCGAAAACGCCACCUACCCCCCCUUCACCUCUGCCUGCGAGCCCAUCCAGGUGGAGAUGUGUCGGAACCUCAGCUACAACCUCACCUCCUUCCCAAACAUCUGGCUGUCCAUCUCUGACCAGAGGGAGGCGGCCGAAGUGCUUCGCCAGUACAGGGUGCUGACGGAGCUGCCGUGUUUCCAGCCCCUGCGCAGGCUGGCGUGCGGCCUGCUCCUGCCCCAGUGCAGCCCGCACGGCGGGGUGCUGCAGCCCUGCAGGUCCGUCUGCCUGGCCGCCGAGCAGCAGUGCGGCCACGCCCUGGAGCUGCUCGGCCUCGCCUGGCCCUUCAACUGCCACCUCUCCCCCGACUCCCAGGACCCCGUCGAGUGCUCCCUCCCUUAGGCUGAAGCAC